AUGAAGCCAGUGCUGGAUGGCAGCCCCCCGACAGAAGGAUGCGGGCGCGGCCGGGACCCGCGCAGCCGGUGGCCGUCCCUGCCGUCCCUGGCCGAGGUCACCGAGUUCAGAGCACUCGGCCACGCACCUGCCCCCCGCUCCCCGGCUGCCAGUCCUGUCCCCGCAGCGCCCCGCGGGGGGCCCGCAGCGAGGCGCGGGCCAGGGCCGGGAGCCGCAGCGCGCCGCCGCCGCCGGUGCGAGCCGGGGACCCCCGAGCGCCACCCCAGGCCGCCGCCGCCGCAGCGCCGCCCGCAGCGCCGAACAAUGCGCGGCCGCCCCGCCACUCACCUCUCACGUGGCCGUGCAGGCUGCCCGCCGGGGCCCCGACUGCCCGGGGCAUUGUGGGAUCGCGACUCCGGGAUGCCCGCCACGGGAAGGAGAACUGGCCGGGUCGGGUCACGGGAGCAUGGCGAGCGCCCCGACUCGUCGGGCUGCGGCGAGAGACUGGGGCAUGUCGCCGUGCAGCCUCUUAUCGCCGCGCGCCGGUUUCCGCCGCUGCGCGGCCCCUCCCCCGCGCCAGCCCCGCCAGGAAGGCGCGCGGACGCGCCCGCCGCCGAGCUCCCACGCGCAGCCCCGGCCCCCGCCCGUCCGCCCGCCCGCCCGCCCGCCAGCCCGCUCCCUCGCCCGCCAGCCCGCUCGCUCGCUCGCCCGGGCCCGCGCCGCUUACCGCCGCUCCAGCUCCGAGGGCUCCGCGCCCAGCCCGGGCGGCCCACAAGGUUAGACGGAAGGUUAGAGUCAGCGGCCGGGCCUGCCGGGGCAGAAGCGCCGCACUGCCUGGAACCUGGAGGGCGAAGGGCGGGAAAGAAGCCGCAAGGGUGUUGGCGGGUAUCUUCCUCCAGCAGUCAGCACUCCACAGUUUCGGAGUUCUGCGGGAAAACUGAUCGUCACCCAAGCACAAACCCAGGCCACCUUCCCGUCUAA